AUGUUGGUUGUUUCAUUUUGGUAUCAGAGCCUAGACGGUUUUAGGACUGUUAGAAUUGCUAGGCUUAGUAUCAUCCCCUUCAGCUACAAGAGAUUCCGCGCUAGAGGUUGUGGCGCGAGAGGGCGCGGUGCUCGAGGCCGUGGUGGCAGAGCUAGAGGCCGUGGAGGCCGGGGCCGAGGUCGUGGACUUCGGCGGAUUCGGGAGAGAGUGUGGCGCCGUGUGGCGACUGCGUCGGUGACCCAGUCGGUAUCCGUGGCGAGUGAGGCCAGUGUGGAUGCGAGUGUUGGUUUGGGAGCGGGGGCUCCGGGUGGGGUGGGGCUCCGGGAGUACCUCCAGUGGCAGAGGUGCAGCAGAGGGCUGCGGGUUUGUUCAGCCGCAGGCUGUGGGUUUGAUGGUGCCGUCCUUUGGAUAUGGGGCACAUGCAGAGGAUUGGUACGCCGUACUUUGAGGGCGGAGUUAGCCCAGAGGCGGCAGAUUAGUGGCGUUAGAGAUUGGAGCGGAAUUUCCAGUCUAUCAGAUGUUUGUUUAGUACAGGUUCUCAACGCAAUUGAAUGUGUAGGGACCUUGUUAGUGGGCGGUUUUGAGUCCCACGUUUUAUUCGACUCUGGAGCAUCGAAUUGCUUCAUUACACCGGAGCGUGCCGAGAAGAGUGGCAUCCGGAGUAGCGCGGGCGAGAGCGCGGGCAUGGUCAAGGUGGCGGGAGGUGGAUUCUUGUCUACUUUGGGCCGUGCUAGAGGAGUCGAGAUCGAGAUUGCGGGGCAGUCAAUGCCAGCAGACUUAGUCAUCAGUCCGGUGGAGCUGUAUGACGUUAUUCUCGGGAUGGACUGGUUGUCACACUACAGAGUUCAUCUGGAUUGCUACAGAGGUAGAGUGGUCUUCGAGCGAGAUGCAGGGAGGUUGGUUUAUCAGGGAGUGAGACCGACUUCCGGGAGUAUUGUGAUAUCUGCUAUUCAGGCCGAGCAGUUGUUAGAGCGGGGCUGUGAGGCGUAUCUGGCGACGAUUUCUAUGUCUGAGUCAGGAGCUGGAGUUGUUAUGGGAGAUAUUGAGGUUGUCCAGGAUUUUGAGGAUGUCUUUCAGUCACUGAAGGGAUUACCACCAUCUCGGUCUGAUCCUUUCACGAUUGAGUUAGAGCCGGGGACAGCACCGAUAUCGAAGACGCCUUACAGGAUGGCGCCAGCUGAGUUGGCAGAGCUGAAGAAGCAGAUAGAGGACCUUUUGUCUAAGGGGUUCAUUCGACCGAGUGUUUCACCGUGGGGAGCACCGGUGUUGUUUGUGAAGAAGAAGGAUGGCAGUUUCAGACUUUGUAUCGAUUACAGAGGUCUUAACCGAGUCACUGUGAAGAACAGGUACCCACUCCCGAGGAUUGAUGAGUUGUUGGAUCAGUUGAGGGGUGCUACUUGGUUCUCCAAGAUUGACUUGGCAUCGGGGUAUCAUCAGAUCCCGAUAGAUGAGGCAGAUGUCAGGAAGACUGCUUUCAGGACGCGUUAUGGGCAUUUUGAGUUUGUGGUUAUGCCUUUCGGUUUGACUAACGCGCCGGCAGCCUUCAUGAGAUUGAUGAACGACGUGUUCAGGGAGUAUUUGGACGUGUUCGUCAUCAUUUUCAUUGAUGAUAUUCUGGUAUACUCGAGGAGUCAGGAGGAGCAUGCGACUCACUUGAGGUUGGUUCUGGAGAAGCUUCGGGAGCAGAAGCUUUUUGCUAAGUUGAGCAAGUGCAGUUUCUGGCAGCGAGAGAUGGGAUUUCUUGGCCACAUUGUUUCUGCAGAGGGAGUUUCUGUGGAUCCGGCUAAGAUUGAGGCUAUCAGAGAUUGGCCUAGACCUAGUAGUGCCACCGAGAUCAGGAGUUUUCUGGGUUUGGCAGGAUACUACAGGAGGUUCGUCAAGGGGUUUGCUACCAUGGCGCAGCCGAUGACGAAGUUGACCGGGAAGGAUGUCCCUUUUAUUUGGUCAGCUGAGUGUGAGGAGAGCUUUAGUCAGCUCAAGGAGAUGUUGACUACUACACCAGUGUUGGCGUUACCCGAGCCAGGGAAGCCUUACAUGGUGUAUACAGAUGCUUCAGGCAUUGGUCUUGGUUGUGUGCUGAUGCAGGAGGGCAGAGUGAUAGCAUAUGCUUCGAGACAGUGGCAGGGCAGUGAGCGUAACCGUCCUACACAUGACUUAGAGUUGGGAGCAGUGAUCUUCGCGUUGAAGAUUUGGAGGUCUUACUUGCUAGGUGAGACAGUACAGGUCUUCACGGAUCACAAGAGUUUGCAGCAUAUCUUCACUCAGCCGAUGAUGAACGCGAGACAGACGCGCUGGGUUGAGUUCUUGGCGGAUUAUCAGGUGAGCAUUAACUACCAUCCGGGCAAGGCUAACCUAGUGGCGGACGCGUUGAGUAGACGGAGGUAUGAUUCCGCAGUUGAGCGAGAUGUGGAGUCUCUAGUUGGCGAGAUCAGUACCUUGCGUUUGUGUGCCAUUUCGCAUGAGCCUUUGGGUUUAGAGGCAGUGGAUCAGGCGGAUCUACUUAGCAGGAUCAGAGUUGCUCAGCAGAGUGAUCAGAGUUUGCUAGAUGCGACGAGAGUGACUGGUUCUGAGUAUGAGGUCUCUGCGAAUGGGACUAUCUUGGUUCGUGGGCGAGUUUGUGUGCCUAAGGAUGUGGAGUUGAGACAUCAGAUUUUGGGAGAGGCUCACGCGAGCAAGUUUUCCAUUCAUCCGGGAGCGACCAAGAUGUACCAUGACCUCAAGAGGUACUAUCAUUGGGUCGGGAUGAAGAGGGAUGUAGCAGACUGGGUUGCGAAGUGCAACACUUGUGCCUUGGUGAAGGCAGAGCAUCAGGUUCCGGGUGGUCUUUUGCAGAGUUUACCCAUUCCAGAGUGGAAGUGGGACAGGAUUACGAUGGAUUUCGUGGUUGGACUACCUGUUUCGAGGACUUUCGAUGCUAUCUGGGUGAUUGUGGAUCGGUUGACUAAGUCUGCACAUUUCUUGGCCAUCAAGAAGACAGAUGGAGCUGCUGUCUUGGCUAGGAAGUUUGUGCGAGAGAUUGUGAGGCUGCAUGGAGUGCCAGCUAGUAUUGUGUCAGACCGUGAUCCCAGAUUCACUUCAGAGUUUUGGAGGGCGUUUCAGGCAGAGAUGGGCACUAAGGUGCAUCUGAGUACAGCUUAUCAUCCGCAGACAGAUGGUCAGUCAGAGAGGACUAUUCAGACUUUGGAGGAUUUGCUGAGGAUGUGUGUGUUGGAUUGGGGUGGCCAUUGGGCAGAUCACCUAAGCUUAGUUGAGUUUGCAUACAACAACAGCUUUCAGGCGAGUAUUGGCAUGGCUCCAUUUGAGGCUUUGUAUGGGAGGCCAUGUAGGACACCCCUAUGCUGGACCCAAGUGGGGGAGCGCAGCAUGUAUGGAGCUACUUAUGUUCAGGAGACGACAGAGAAGGUUCGUGUUGUGAGGCUGAACAUGAAGGAGGCUCAGGAUAGGCAGAAGAGUUAUGCAGAUAGACGCAGACGAGAGCUUGAGUUUCAGGUUGGAGAUAGAGUUUAUCUCAAGAUGGCUAUGUUGAGGGGUCCUAACAGAUCCAUAGCAGAGAACAAGCUGAGUCCGCGAUUUAUGGGUUUUUCAUGUGUCGAUGCUGAGGAAGUGUCUUCACCUACAGAGGAGUUAGUGGCUAGGAUUCCAGAGGAUCUUCAGCCAGAUUUGACCGUGCCGGCAGUGCCUAUGAGGAUUUUAGAGAGGAGGGAAAAGGUUCUGAGGAACAAGAGGAUUCCCUUACUGAGGAUUUUGUGGGAUUGCAGUGGUUCUACAGAGGAGACUUGGGAGCCAGAGGCAAAGAUGAAGUUGAAGUUCAGGAAGUGGUUCGACAAGCAGGUCGAGGAGUGA